UAAAAAGCUAGUCGUUACAAACCAGUAUAAAAUAAAAUAUAAAAAGCCUAGAUCACCAAAUCUUUUUUAUUCAUUACAAGAACAAGAAAAUGGAGAAAACAAUUCUGAUCACGUUUCUUCUCAUAGCCACCACAUCAAUGGUUUCUCAAACUCUAGCUCAAGAAGAAGAAGAGAUCAUUCCAAUGUCUUCAUUAGCAUACGAACCAACUGCAGCUUACGAGUACGACCACGAACUCCUACACCACAUGACGACACAACGCAUCAAUUUUCUCCAAGAUUGUUCCGAUAAAAUGAGCUCGAAAUGCGGCGUCGAGAUGGCAAAAGGAUUGAUCAACGACAAGCCAGUGUCGGAGGAAUGCUGUGAGAACUUUUUGAAGAUUGGAAGAGAUUGUCACGAAGGACUCAUGAAUUUUGUCUUUGCCACUUAUGAGCUAAAAGAUGUUGCUAAUGAGAUUCUUCCAAGGAGCAAGAAGAUGUGGAACAAAUGUGUUCAGACCACUGCUCCUAAGAUUGGUGCUCCUCUCGCUUUUGAAACUUGAUUCUUGAAUGAUUGAUAACAAUUUUAUAAUUUUUUUAUUAGACAUAAAGAUUAUGGUGUGCAACCAAAAAUAAAAAUUAUAAAAUUAUA